CGCCGUGUCACGCGCGUGAGGCAUCCCGUCGAACUUGGCGACCGAAUUGUGCUCGGUGUUCCCGGUCGAGAGAUUUCCCGCUAAGUCCGCCAAUAUGCCAGUUGAAAAUAUCGGAGCUGCUCUCGAAGCGCUCGAAGCUGAUGAUACGAAAAAAGUGCUGGAGUGUCUCGAAAAUAUCCGUAAGGCCGUCCGGGAGCCCCUGGCGUUGAGGCUUGCUCUGAAUUCCAAGCUCGAAGACCUCUGCCAAAAAUGCCUGUCGAGCGGCUACGUGAAGCUGCGGCGAGAAGCGCUCCUUAUCUACGCCGACAGUCUCUUGAGCUUCAAAGAUAAUGAGCUCGCUGCCGACAAUUACGAGCUGGUGAAAGACUUGCUCGCGUUCUUCAAAGCCGAAGUGUUGCGCGAUGCAUCGAGGUCGGACCUGUUCAAGGAGGCUCUCGAUGCGCUCACUCAGUGGUGUUCCUACGGCAAGGCAUUCAGGGAGACGUUCCUGGUCGUCUACCCCGUCGAGUACCUCAAAGACUUCGACGUUUACCACAUGCCAUCGACGGUUCUGAUGUCAUAUGUCAGGCUCAUGAGGGCAAUCCUCCUGCAGGGUAGAAGUCGUUCACCCCUGUUCGAAACAGUCCUGAACAUCUACAAGAAGACGUUGUCCUACACCGGAGUCACGUGUGAGAUGGUGAUCGAAAUAUGCGGGUCGUUCAAGGGAGCCGCUGUAGAGUUCGAGAGAGAAGAUUUCUUCGGCGUGAUUCUGAGCUCCCGUCUCGCCGAUACCCUGGUUAGGCACGUCAUGACAAACGUAAAUUGCCAGCGGAAAUGUCUCAAUCCCAUGCUUGCUCUGUUCGUCGAUUGCCUCGCUUCUUCGAACAACCAUUGCAAGGAGCUGAUCGAUCAAGGAAUACUGAAUGUUUUACUCGCUUGCUUGAAAGAAAAUCAAUCUAAGGAUGUGGAGCUCACCUGCAGAGCUCUUACGAACAUUUUCGCGUGUUCGCACGAAGUCUUGGAUCACGCGCUGAGAGCCGAUCUCGCGAAACCCCUCCUCUUCCUCCGGGAAAGCUUCGACGAAAGAAUCAGGGAAGAAUCCCAUAGAGCUCUGUCGAAUCUUUUCGCGCGAGCCACUCCCCGACAGAUCUUCUCGCUCGUCGAGAUCGGUUGUGUCGCGCUCCUGGCUAACCUGUUACGCUCGCGGAUUCCGGACGUAGUUCUCGAUGGUUUGCGCGCGUUGUUCGCUUUGGUCAGCGCAACGCGUCUCCAUGAUCCUCUGAAGCUGACUGAGCUUCAUCGGCAGAUGGAAGCGAAUGGAGUGAAGACUCUAAGCGAGUCGCUAAAACUCCAUGAACAAACGGAGAUCCGAAGCCUCGCGACCGGUAUCUACAACUACAUGGCUUUCACCUUGGAUUCCUCGAAUGGCCCAGCGGAUGAAAAAACUGUGAUCUCCAAAGCUUGAUCGCGGAGCAUUAGCGUAGUCGGGAUUCGGCUCCGUGGUUUCAAAUUGUUGCUCCGAGAUACGGCUUCGAUUCUGCAAACUGCUCAGAGGACGUUCACAUGUAAACUUGUUCGAGUUCAUUCGCUGCUCAACGGCUCAUUCGAGAGCCCUCCCAACGAAGGAUGCUUCGAUAUUGUAUUGUGAUCAUCCUUAUCGGCGGUUAACUUCAUUCAAUAGUCGGAAUGAGCAGAGUUCUUCUUCAUGCCUUUUAUUCGAGAAAAAAUAUCUCAGUCGGAACGUUCUAAUAUAAGUCUGAAUAAUAAAACUCAGAGCAUCGACUCAAGGCGCCUAUCCUUUCGAUGAAACACGAUCAUGGCUUCAGACAGGGAUUUCUAUCCCCUCAUCGAAUCUAGUAAGCUGCAUUAUGAUGAUCUGUGUGGCUGCUGAUUGACCUUCUGAAACUGAAACAAGGAGGAUCUGAUCGGAUUCCAUUGAGACUCUGGGUUCAGUCAUAAAGGCAUCCCCCU